AUGAUUCGAUCACCAAAUGGCAAUGAAUCAAAAUACAACUCACAACCAGACUUGUCCAGAAGGACGGAAGAAGAAAGUAAUGUUAGUAUCCGUAAAAGAAAAAAAAUGGACCACGACUGUGACUGCAAAGCUGAGAUACAAGGACUACGCAGUGAGGUAUCGCGUAUGAAUAAUCUAUUAGAAAAUUUCGUUAUAUCACAGGAGAAAUUAAUGACCGAUAUGCGUGAAAAUAUAAAAACAUUGAACGAAGAGAUCAAAGAUAAUCAAAUCCUCGACUUCGGGGAUAGUAAAAGACCAGGACAACAUCAAAGGAUACUUUGGAACGUAACCGAGGACUCAGACACGGAACGCUUUCAGUAUUACUAUGGCUUUAUAGAACAAGUCGCCGAUGUGUCCUUCAGGACUAAUUUGCAAAAUUUCUGGAAGUAUCAGAACGACGAUACGGUUAAGAAUAUAGAUUUAUUGCAAUUGGCGCGAAAUGUGCAUCCAAAUAUGACGUUACCUGUCACCGUAACCCAGACUAAUGAGAAGGUGCAGUGGAUACCAGUAAUGACUGAGGAAGGCGUGUGUCUGACGUUGAACUCAGUUUAUGCGGAGUACCAGUUUCUACUGAAGGAAAUUAAGUGGAAACAACAAGAUUUGCUUAAGUGUCACUACCACAGCGAACAGUGCUUCGUGAGGAUCGACUCUGCGAGUAUCGAAGUCAGGUAUUUCGUGCAUUCGCCUUACGAUAUAGCGACAGCAAUAUCGAAUCCAACAGGCGAAGUGAUGCCGGGUGAAGAGCUGCUUAUCGAUUUUAAGGUUGUGGAGAUUCAAGCUGCAAUACGUUUGAAGUCCUUAACUCCAGAGCAAAGACGUUGCCGAUAUCCUGAUGAAUGGCUAAGCAAUUCCAUUAAGUCGUACAGUUUUGGACUUUGUCAGAUGAAUUGUCGCAAUCGGAUGGCAGUAAUGUUUUGUGGGUGUCGACCGUACUUUUUUAAUAAAGGAGGUGAGGUUUAUAUCAAUUAA